GCGGCGCGAGGCUCCGGGGGGACCGUGAGCGGGACGGACUGGCCGGCCGGCGCGGCCAGGGAGGCUGCUAUGGCUGCCACGGUGAACUUGGAACUUGAUCCCAUCUUUCUGAAAGCCCUUGGCUUCCUUCAUUCAAAAAGUAAAGAUUCUGCUGAAAAGCUAAAAGCUUUGCUUGAUGAGUCUCUGGCAAGAGGAAUUGAUUCAAGCUAUCGUCCUUCACAGAAGGAAGUGGAACAACCCAAAGUAUCUAUUACCAAACCAGUCUCCAGUAAGCAGGAGCCUAAAGCUUCACCCAGCUUGCCUUCAGGCAACAAUAAUGGCAAGCCUACUACAACAGAAAAGGUGAAAAAAGAAACUGAGAAAAGAUCCGCUGAUAAAGUAAAAGGGGAGAUAAUAGAAGGAGGUGACAUUCCAAAAAAACCCAGGCUAGAAAAGCAAGAGACUCGUUCCUCCCCUAUCACAGUCCAGACUAGCAAGGAUUUGUCUAUGCCUGAUCUGUCCAGUUUUGAUGAAACCAGUGCUGAUGAUUUUGCUAUGGAGAUGGGGUUGGCCUGUGUUGUUUGCCGGCAAAUGACAGUUUCUUCUGGGAAUCAGUUAGUGGAGUGUCAGGAGUGCCAUAAUCUCUACCACCAGGAUUGCCAUAAACCUCAGGUGACAGACAAGGAAGUCAAUGAUCCUCGCCUUGUGUGGUAUUGUGCCCGCUGCACCAGACAGAUGAAAAGAAUGGCUCAAAAGACACAAAAACCACCUCAGAAACCAGCCCCUGCUGUAGUUUCAGUAGCACCAGCUGUGAAAGAUCCAUUGGUCAAGAAACCUGAAAUAAAACUUAAGCUGGAUACAACAGCCACAUUCCUAGCAUUCAAGAGGACAGAAGUAAAGACCUCAGCAGCAAUUUCAGGAAACUCUGCCAGUACCAGCGUUUCCUCUUCAGCAACCAGUGGCCUUACAGGAUGGGCUGCCUUUGCAGCCAAAACCUCUUCUACCGGUCCAUCAACUGCCAAAUUGAGUUCAACAGCACAGAGUACCAGUGGGAAACCUGCAGCCUCUUCUAAUGUACAGAAACCUGUGGGUUUGUCAGGAUUGGCAACAUCUAAAGCAGGACUAGGGUCAAAAAUAGCUUCCAACAACAGCAGCACAAGUCCUGUUCAACUGAAGCCACCUCCGCCUUUGACACUGGGGAAGACAGGUCUUAGUCGUUCAAUAAGCAGUGAUAAUGUCAGCAAAGUAGGACUCCCUAGUCCAAGCAGUACAACUCCAGGUAGCAGCAGCCAGGCAAACAGUGGCAACGGAAGCAGCGGGACAACAAGUAACAGUGGAAGCAGCACCAGCAAAACCGCUGCAGAUUCGGGCAAUCAGUCACCAUCCUUAAAAGGUCCAACCUCUCAGGAAUCACAGCUUAAUGCUAUGAAAAGGUUACAAAUGGUCAAGAAGAAAGCUGCCCAAAAGAAACUAAAAAAGUAAUAGAACUGCCUCAGAAACAUGGUUGUAUUUCUUGAAAAUAUGUGCGUGAUGUAUGUCUCUUCUGACUGAAUUAAUGCACACUUCAUUUAAUAAAGAGUCAUUCAGCCAA